CCAUAGUCAUAUACAUCAACUACUUCCAUGGUGUUCGGAAGCGAUUCAUGGUUUUCAUCAAAUCUUUAUCAAUCUGUUCAACGCUUUUGGGCUGCUCAAAUCGCAAAAUUGUACUCCAAGGAACCAAAAAAUCGAUCUUGUUGCAAUUAGAUCCGAUCAAAAGCAGAGAGUUUUUGGAGGAAAUUGGGGUUCCGGAGCUAAAGUUGUUCUCCAAUUGAAAAGGGGAAGACUCAAAACCCCUUCAGAAUGGGGGUUUCAUCUUUCGUCGGAAUCGCCAUUACCAUCGCUCUGAUAUCUCUCCUCUUCGCUUUUUAUCCACUCACCAAUAGUCCUCCUGCAUCGCCAUCACCCCCAAGAUUGUUUACAGUAGAAGAUCUUGCUAUAUACAAUGGAACUGAUAUUGGCCUACCCAUCUUUCUUGGAAUUCUUGGGUCGGUGUUUGAUGUAACAAAAGGAAAAUCUCAUUAUGGGAAAGGAGGUGGCUACAGUCACUUUGCUGGAAGAGAUGCUUCCAGGGCAUUUGUUUCCGGAAACUUCACAGGAGACGGGCUAACUGACACUUUAGUUGGUCUAUCUAGCACUGAGGUGAAGAGUGUAGUUGAAUGGAGAGACUUUUACUCCAGGACAUACAUAUUUGUGGGGAAGUUAGUAGGUCGCUAUUAUGAUAGUGAAGGAAACCCCACAAAAUAUCUAAAAGGAGUGGAAGCAAAGGCAGCAAGAGGCGCACAACUAAUGGAGAAGCAAAAGAAGGAAGAAGAAAAAGUUCCUGGCUGCAAUUCCAAGUGGAGCCAGGACGAGGGUUCCGAGGUGUGGUGUGAUCAUGGAUACCCGAGGCUAGUUCAGCGACCAUUAGAAAUAGCAUUGACAGGUAAAAUGAGCAAACGUUGUGCAUGCUUUAAUGAAACAGAUUUAGAUCAACCGGGGUUAGAAGUUUACCAAGGAUGUGGUUAUUUAUCUAAAGUUUGUAGGCUAUGAGUGCCAUGAAACAAGGUUUUGUUAUUUAUCUAUUGUAUUAGAUGUUUAUUUUCGUUAUAGGUAAAGUUUUUUCUUAGAAA